CCCUCUUGGGUAGCAAGCUGGGAUUACAAAGCGGUCCAACUCUUGGAAAAGGAAAUCAAAAAAAGAAGGGAAGCCUUCUUAGUUCUGUGGGAUUCCAUCAAGCAUAGAGAAAGCAUGCUGCAACAAAAAUCAAGGAAAACAUGGCUGAUGCUGGGCGAUGCCAACACAAGAUUUUUCCAUAACUGUGUCAAAGGGAGAUGGAGGAGGAACGAGAUAAAUAGUGUUCAAGUAAAUGGAGCCCAGAUUGUGGAAGCGAGACAAAUGAAAGAGGAGAUUUCCUCCUUUUUUGAACAGUUAUACAAGGAAGAAAAGCAAGAAAGACCUAGACUAGAUGGGGUGGUUUUCCAGCAAAUCUCUCAGGAUGACAAUGAAACAUUAAUUGCUCCUUCUUCUGAAGAGGAGAUCAAAGAAGCUAUAAGGGACUGUGACAGCUCAAAAGCACUAGGUCUAGACGGUUUCAAUUUCAAGUUUGUCAAAGAUCAGUGGGAGGUUAUCAAGGAAGAUGUGAUUCAAUUCCUUCAAGAAUUCCAAGAAAAAAGCAAGUUGGUGAAGGGGUUAAAUACCUCUUUCAUUGCCCUAGUACCGAAGGUUGAUAAUCCCCAAAAGAUUGAGGAGUAUAGACCUAUAUCCCUCAUUGGAGUGGUGUAUAAAAUUCUUGCAAAGAUAUUAGCCAACUGCCUCAAAAAGGUUCUGGAUACGGUGGCAGAGGAAGCAAAAGAGAAGAAGAAAAAGGCCUUCUUGUUCAAGAUAGACUUUGAAAAGGCCUACGAUAAGCCCAACAAGUCAAUUCUCAGUAUCACGGGGCUUAAGGCAAGGGGAUCCGCUAUCCCCUUUCCUAUUUCUAAUCAUUGCAGAGGGGUUGAAUGGCCUGGUUUCAACAGCAGUUCAAAAAAACCAAUUGCAAGGAGUAGAGGCAUCCCGAUUGGGGGACACUACGGGAAGAUUGCCUUCUGGAAACCGUUGAUAGAUGUUUUUAGCAAUAAAUUAUCCAAAUGGAAGGGUCGGUUUCUAUCUCUCAGAGGUCGCAUUACUCUUAUUAACUCAGUGCUCGAUAGUCUCCCGGUCUUCUGGAUGUCGGUAUACUUGAUACCCAAAGGUACGAUUCUGCUUCUUGAUCAAAUUCGUAGACGGUUUUUAUGGGGUGGGACUGAAGGGGGUAAAAAGAUCAAUUGGGUUAAAUGGGAAGUGGUGUGUAAGGAUAAGAAGAAAGGUGGUUUGGGAGUAAAAGACCUUAGGAAGUUCAAUAUGGCUCUCUUAGGAAAAUGGUGGGGGAGAUUAGUGUCGGAGGAAAAAGGGCUAUGGAAAAAAAUCAUUUUUGAAAAAUAUGGGAAGGCGGGGGAACCUAGCUAUUACUGGCUAAGAGAGGAGAGCAACAGUGGGACAAAAUGGUGGAGGGACAUCUGUAGAAUAAAUACAAUAGCAGGGGAAAAUUGGGGAUGGAUAGCUGAUGGUUUUAAAUUAAAAGUAGAUGAAGGGGUUAGUACUAAUUUCUGGUGGGAUAACUGGAAAGGGGAAGGGUGCCUUGCUAACAAAUAUCCAAGACUUUACUCUCUAUCUAUAGGGAAGGAUAACAAAAUUCCUCAAAUGGGAGAAUGGCUUAACAGUAAAUGGGAAUGGAACCUUCAAUGGAGAAGAAACCUCUUCAGCUGGGAAACUCAACAAGUAGGAGAUCUACAAAAGGACAUACAAGACAUAAGACUCAUAAGAGGCAAACCAGACCUUUGGGAAUGGGCUCACAGCAAAGAUGGAACCUACUCCACAAAUUCAGCAUAUCAAAUACUCCCAAGGGAGACUAGAUCGGAGCAGCAUGGAAUGGAACUCCAAAAUGUAUGGAACAAGCUGAUCCCCAACAAAAUCUCGACUUUCUCAUGGCAAUUACUACAGGACAAAAUCCCCACAAAGCUUAAUCUGCAUAAAAGAGGUAUUAUUCAAGCUCUUGAAGAUUGCAAAUGUGCUUUAUGUGGUAAGGAAGCAGAGAAUACUAGCCACCUCUUUAUUCACUGUAAUUUUGCUUGGCAUCUUUGGAAUGAUUGUUUUAAAUGGUGGGGUCUUAUACAUGUGCUUGAUAAAGACUGCUGGAAGGUGUUUCAACAGCACCCAAAUCCAUUAAGAAGAGCGAAAUGGAAGGAGGGAUGGGAAUGCAUUUGGUUUGGUAUUGUUUGGACAAUAUGGCUUGCUAGAAAUGAGAAGAUCUUUCGAGAGAAGGAACCAGACAAAAUGAGGCUCCUGGAGCUGGUACAAAUUAGGACAUUUAGAUGGCUAAAAAGUAGAAAAUGAGGCUGUGUCUUCUCCCUAUCAGAUUGGCUCCAUAAUCCAACUGAUUGUCUGACCAACAUUUGCAACAAAAAAGGAUAGGUAACGGAAUAGCAAGCAACAAGUAAAGUCCCACAUACAGCCAAAGGCACUUCCAUCCCUCCAUGAUUGAUUGUAUUUUGUCUUUCAAUUUGUAACUUUCUCAAUUUGGUGUUGGUCUGGUGUACUCCUGGUACCCGCGACACAUAAUAAAGUUCUCUUUGGAUU